CAUCCUAGUCCCGAAGGGUAUGGUCAAGGCAAAAUUAGCCGUUUGCUCCGAACCCGGGCGCGCUGGCUUCCCCUGCCCUCCGCCGCCCCCGCCUCGGCGGUAUGCUCGCCGGGGCUUCCGCGGAGAGAGACAGCGCGGACGUGGAGGAGGCGAUGACUUGACUGGAGGAAGCGGCAUCGUGGGGAGAAGCCGAGACCGCUCGGCGUUGCCCUGCUCGGAGAGUGCAGGGCAGAGGGCACCAGCUCUCCUUGUGCGCGUGCCACCUGAAGGCUCGCUGCCGACGGAAUCCAGACGCCCAGGGAAUCUCCCAAAAGAACCUGAAACGUCAGUGUCGCUCUGGAGACUGGUGGCUGAGUUGGCAUCAGCAUUAAGCACCUUUAUUUUCUUCUCUCCAUAUAAUGGUCAGUAAAGUAUCAUGUUUGCAAGGACCGAUCCCAACUCUGAAGAAGGGAUCUUGAUGCAGGUACACUUCAGACUAGAGUACUGGGGAAUCUCUUCUGUACUUGAUUUGCUAGUCAUGACAGCUUCUGCAGAUUCCCUUUCAUCUUUGGGUGAAUAUCCGAAUUUUAGACUUCUUUGCCUAGAGUAUACUGAACUGUCAUUCCAUGAAGCUCCUUUCAGAAGAGAUAUGAUUGCCUCUGCAUUUGGUGGAUGCCUUGAUUGGAAAAGAUGCUUGCGCCGACUUCACCCAUCCAUCACUUCUGUUUACUGGUCAUGCAGUGAUGAAUGCGUCACUGGUGUCUCUAUAUGUACCUAGCUUCCAGCUUUCUUUCCACAUCACCGUUUUCUGGUUGAGCUUCGUGAAGAAGUUGUCAUGGCUAGAAAUGGUGGUUCCCGAAAGAAACCUUGUGAUUGUUGCAAAAGAUACUUGGACCACUUAGCUGGAAAGAAUCAAAAUAUGAGCUGCUUCCUCAGGCAUAUGACUGCCAAUUUUAAGCAUAGCAUGGUCAUGCCAAACAGAUUUCUGAAGCAUUUCGCUGGAAAGUUGUCAGGAACCAUCAAGUUAGAGUCCCCUAACGGUAAUCUAUAUGAUGUUGAAGUUACUGAGCGCUUUAAUAAGGUAAUACUCCGACAUGGAUGGGGGGAUUUUGUUGAUGCCCAUCGUAUAGAAGAGAACAAUUUCUUGCUGUUCCGACACAUCGAGAACUCACUUUUUGAGGUUCUGAUCUUCGAUGCUGAUGGCUGUGAGAAAGUGUUUUCCUGUGCUGGCAUAAAAAACAACCGAAGUUUACAAGAAAACACAGUAGAUUCUCUUUAUAUUUCAAGCAGCUCUUGUCAUGAUACCUCGGAAUCAUCAGCAAGUGAAAGACUUGUUAGAUGUGAAAAGGGUGGCUCUAGUCAUUGUGGGAAAACUGCAAAGAUGGAUGCAACAUCCUCAUCGUCUGAGAGCUCAGGAGAAUACAAUUUAUCUGAAAACAAAUCCUUUGAGACGGAUGAUCUUCAGACCAACCCAGGGCCGGAUUAUGUUUUAUCACGUGGAAGUUACCUGUCCGAAGCACAAGAGGAGAGAGUAAUUGCACUUAUACAGGAAAUUCAACCUGAAAGUACUGUUUAUGUAGCAGUCAUGAGGAAGUGCCAUAUUGAGCAACCAGGUCCUUAUCUGGCAAUUCCUAAGGAAUAUGCAUUUUCUCAUUGCCUGCAUGAAAGAACAAAUGUUACACUUCAGAGGCCAGGCAAGAGCAAGAAGUGGCACCCCAGAUUCCACGAAAGGAAAGAUAAACGUAUGUUCAUGCUCAGUGGGCAGUGGUUAGACUUUGUCCGUGACAAUCAUGUGCAGAAGGAAGAUAUCUGCCUCUUUUUACCGGCAAAGGGUGGGAGAAGAUUCACAUUUACAGUCUAUCUACUUCGCGCAACAGCAACUUAUUCCAGGGGUGGAGCAGCUUUUCAAAAGGUUGGGUCAUGCAAUGGUAGAUCAAGCACAAAGAUGGCUUCAGUGGUUCAUAUUAAGGAAGAAUCAACCGAUGCAUACAAUGUUUCCGAGAGCAACUCUGGUGGUCCUUCUGAGGCUCCCUACAUUGUAUCAUCCAAGAGUUGUCUAUCUCAAUCACAAAAGAAGAUUGUUGAAGAGAUGGUGGGAGCCAUCCAAUCUGAAGUCCCAAUUUUUGUGGCAAUCAUGAAGAAGAUAAAUGUUGAUGUCACUCGUCGUUACCGCUUGAUAGAAUUAGGAAAACAAUUCGCGACCUCACAACUUCCACAUAGAGGGCAAACUGUGCUGCUCCAGUGCAUGAAGAAGAUAUGGACGACCAAAAUGGUGAUUCACGGUGGAAGGAGAAGGUGGUUUCUUGUAGGAGGUUGGUCCACAUUUGCUCGUGAUAAUGGUCUGAGAGUCGGUGAUAUCUGUUUGUUCGAACUCAAGAAGACUGAAGAAGAGCUUACCAUGAAGGUCCAUAUCAUCUCCAGGGAGCAGUUUUAGCAAAAUGUUGUACCUCCUGUUGUUUCUGCUUGUUUUGUAGUCUGGAAUUGGUCCAUUUGGUAUGGCCAGGCCACCAACUCUCUUAUGGCGAUGCACUAUCCAUCCUUAGAGGCUUAGUAAUUUCGGUGUUUGUCUUUCUUUGGUGAUUGCUUCGUGUUAUUGUGUAGAUGAACUGUUUGUCAGGUUGACAAAUGCAACGUCUUUUGCUCGCUAGUAUUACACCAGCUUGUGCUAA